AUGACUCAAUUACAAGGUCAUAAAGUUUAUGAGUCAUCAAACUUAAAGUUAAUGAAAUAUCUCACGUGGUUUUCAAAAGAGAGAGAGAAAGAACGAUUAGAAAAUGGUUUUAUCAGAUCAACAAAAGGUUUACUUGCAAUCGGAAAUUUAUUGUUUUUAGCAGGUAUAGGAUUGGGACUUGGUCUCGUUAGAACAUAUACUUUCUUCUUCCAAAAGAAAAAGAUGAAGGGAACUAUCUGUUUCUUCUUUGGUAUCUUUUUGGUGAUUGUAGGACGUACUAUUUUUGGUUUAGCAAUCGAAGCAUUUGGUUUUAUUAAUCUAUUUGGUGAUGCAUUCCCAAUUGUAAUUGCAAUUUUAAGAAAACUUCCAAUCAUCGGAAAUAUUUUGAAUCAUCCAACAAUCAAUAAUUGGUUAAAUAGAACAGAUGCAGGAAGUGAAUUACCUUUUUAA